CAGUUCAAAACAUCAAAUCUCAUCAUAGGCAGGUAGGGCUUCCGUGAAAGUAAUCAGUUCGAUGCCCGCAAUGUUUGAAAUAUUCAUUUAGUUUUAUAUAGAUAAAUGUACAGCGUGAGGUAUCCUGUAUAACAAAUCCAGCAUUUUUUUGCGCGUGAUCUUGUAUAUCAUACGUCAGAAGCGCAGCCGAUCAGCUAGCUGAUUUUACCUGGACUUGUUUACUCGAGUGCUGGAUCGGUUUGCACUGACAGCUUGAUGUUAAGCUGAAUAGGCUAAAUAAAAUAUUGCGAGUAGAAGCUCCCGUCGCAGUGUAAGCCGCAGGCUGCAGGAUGGACACCCGCUUCACGAGGGGCAAAUCGGCGAUCCUGGAGCGCUCCUUGACCAGGCCCAAGACGGAGGUCAGCGUCAGCGCCUUCGCCCUGCUCUUCUCCGAGAUGGUGCAGUACUGCCAGAGCCGCGUCUACUCCGUGUCCGAGCUGCAGGCGCGCCUCGCCGACCUGGGCCAGGGCGUGGGCGCCAGCCUGCUGGACGUACUGGUUCUGCGAGAGAAGAACGGCAAAAGGGAGACCAAGGUGCUCAACAUACUGCUCUUCAUUAAGGUGUCUGUAUGGAAGGCCCUGUUCGGAAAGGAGGCUGACAAGCUGGAACAGGCGAACGACGACGACAAGACGUACUAUAUCAUCGAGAAGGAGCCGCUGAUCAACGCUUUUAUCUCGGUCCCCAAGGAGAACAGCACGCUGAACUGCGCCGCGUUCACGGCCGGGAUCGUGGAGGCUAUACUCACACAUAGCGGCUUCCCGGCUAAGGUUACCGCGCACUGGCACAAGGGAACCACGCUCAUGAUCAAGUUUGACGAGGCGGUCAUCGCGCGGGACAAAGCCCUGGAUGGCAGAUAGAGGGGGGAGGAAGCGACUCGGGAAUUUGGGGGGGGGGGUAGAAUCAGAGGGGUUUAUGUCUCAUUUUCAAGGGGGUUAAUCCUGCAGAUGUUAAACAUGACUUUGUUUUGAUUCUUCUUGAACCAGGUGAGGUGACCUAAUUAAUUACAUUAAUAAAGCAGUUAUGUGGUCAGGUGGAGUGAAACAGAACCGACUCCGCCUUUGCAGACUGGAGUUGAGCCCUGACACCGACAAUGCUGCAUGCUAAGUGUGUAGCCUUGUCAUCCACUCAGUGACCAAGAGGCUGAAUUUAUCUAGUUAAAUUCUAGUUGAAUGCGUCUCUGCUGACCAGCUUAACAAAUGACUGGAGAAGGAAUGUGCCGGGUGACCAAAUCUAUGGAGAAAUGGCUGAUCAGUAGGUUUUGUGUGUGUGUGUGUGUGUACAUAUUUUUGUGUAAAACUUGGGCAGUUUAGUGUCAGUUUUCUCACCUCAUAUUCUGUUGGUCUGGGUUUUGAAUUGCUGGGUUUUGUUAAAGUGCAGUUUCUCAUAUGCUGAAAUGUGAAGUGUUGAAAUAAAACAAUAUAUAUUGGAAAA